AUGGCCUCACCCGGCGUGGCUCUCACGCCUUUGGCCACUGGUCCCCAGGCCCUUGCGCCCGCCCUGGUAGCCAGGCCUUCUGUAGCUCCCUCACCGGGCCCUGGUACUCCCGGAUCGGUGACCUCGAAGGAAUGGCCGGCCACCGACACUCCUCCGACCAAGCGCAAGGCUCAGAAUCGUGCUGCCCAGCGUGCCUUCCGGGAACGCAGGGCUGCUCGAGUCCAAGAGCUCGAGGAGGAGAUUAAAGAGAUCACGGAUGGCCACGACAUCCGCGUCGCGGGGCUCAGUGAGCAGAUCACCAACCUCUCCCAGGAAGUCGAGCAAUGCCGCGAAGAGAUGGGCUGGUGGCGCGACCGAUGCCACUCGCUAGAGAAGGAAGUUUCGAUCGAACGCAGCGCAAAGGAAGCUCUCGUCAAGGAAUUCCGGACUUCCUUCUCCGCAUCGAGCAGCAACAAAUCCCCCGCCAUCCCCGACUCAGUGCCGCUGCCACCUCGCACACGCCCCUCGACUCGAAGCUCUCGCAUGGAAGGUGUUGUUUCUACAAGUGCCGACCGUAACAAAGAAGACGGUCAGCAAAAUGUGCCUCUCGGCUGCACCGACUGCUCCCAGGCUCACUGCCAGUGCAUUGAGGAUGCCUUUGGUACCCCGAUUGAUACACAUGAAUCAUCUCGUUCUCGACACCCUCCUCAUGGUGUCGGCAGCCCCGAACGUGAGAACACCGAGCCGGAGAUCAAGCCUGAUCCGGAGGAGAUGGAGAUCGAUUUUACUUCUCGCUUCGCAGCCGUGCCUGCUCAACCCACCUCUCACAGCAAUCAUCACCAUGACAUUGAAGCAGCCUCACCUCCAGUCGACCCUUGUGGAUUCUGUCAGGAUGGCACGCCAUGCAUCUGUGCCGAAAUGGCCGCCCAGGAGCAGCAGCAACAGCAGCAACAGCGCGGCCGCCGCAGUUCCUUCGAGAACCCUCGACUCGCACCCAUCCAGUCCAUCUCUCAGUUUACACCACCGCCUUCUGAAAGCGACGUCCGCUCUGAGGUGGUCUUGCCAUCCAUCACCCAAGCCACCAACCCAUGUGCCAACGGACCAGGCACCUGCGCCCAAUGCCAAGCUGAUCCUCGAAGCACCCUUUUUUGCAAGACGCUGGCAGCCUCCCGGUCAGCGAGCGGAACUCCAUCGGGAGGAGGAUGUUGCGGCGGCAAGGGAGCCAGCGGAGGCGGAUGCUGCAUGUCUCGAAAUGCCCCCACCACCCCGACCACGCGUAACAACCCCUCCAUGCCUGCGCAACCUCCCCCAUCCAAGCCCUCUACGCCCAAUGCACUCACCCUGAGCUGCGCCGAUGCCUUUACAACACUAUCCCGCCACCCAAACUUCUCCCGUGCCAGUGAUGAUAUCUCCACCUGGCUACCCAAGCUGCACACGCUCCCAAACCCGCAAGAGCUCGCGCUGGCGGAGAGUCGGGGCGGCCGCGCCGCAUUGGAGGUCGAAGCUGCUAGCGUCAUGGGCGUGCUUCGUUACUUUGACCGGCGGUUUGCCGAAAAAUAA